GAGGCUGCCCCGGGCCAGCCUCGCUCUUAGGGCUCAGUUCUCUGAAGCUCACCAAGGGCGUCUGUCUUAGGAGUAUAAGAAGUUAGCGGUAUACAGCGAGAUGCAGGACUCUCUGGAAGUCACCCUGCCCAGCAAAGCAGAGGAGCAGGAGCAGGAGCAAGAGCAGGAGCAGGAGCGGGAGCAGGAGAAGGAGCGGCCUGCCGAGAUGGAGUACCUUAACUCUCGCUGUGUCCUUCUUACUUAUUUCCAGGGAGACAUUGGGUCAGUAGUGGAUGAGCACUUCUCAAGAGCUUUGGGCCAAGCCAGCACCCUCCAUCCAGAAUCGGCCAUUGCAAAAAGCAAGGCGGGGCUAAGCCCCCUGUGGCGAGACAGCUCAGCUCUCGCAAGUCAGAGGAGUAGCUUCCCGACUUCCUUCUGGACCAGCUCCUACCAGCCCCCGCCCGCACCCUGUCUAGGGGGAGUGCACCCCGACUUCCAGGUCGCUGCACCCCCUGGCACCUUUCCCGCGGCUGACCCCAGUCCCUGGCCAGGACACAGCCUACACCAGACUGGCCCGGCCCCGCCCCCCGCCGCGUCCGAGUCCUGGCACUACCCGUUGGCAUCUCAGGUGAGCCCGUCCUACAGCCACAUGCAUGACAUGUACCUGCGGCACCACCACCCGCACGCCCACGUGCAUCACCGGCACCACCACCACCACCACCACCCUUCCUCUGGCCCGGCCCUCGACUCGUCCUACGGGCCCCUGCUGAUGCCGUCGGUGCGCGCAGCCAGGAUUCCUGCUCCCCAGUGUGACAUCGCGAAGACAGACCCGACGACAGUCACCACUGCUACCUCAGCGUGGGCCGGAGCCUUCCACGGAACUGUGGACAUAGUGCCGAGCGUGGGCUUUGACGCAGGUCUACAGCACCAAGACAAGAGCAAGGAAUCACCAUGGUACUGAAACACACAGUAUUAGUCAGUCAGAUUGGAGCGUGAGUCCACGGGCCCACUGGGAACAGAUGCUGCCAGGGUUUUCCAUCCUGCAGUGAGACGCAAUAGACACUGAAGGAGAAGUCGACGUGUCUGCCAGCUGACUUUGGUUUGGAGCCUUUUCUUGAGAAAGCAGAGUGGGUCCUAGACAUUGAAGAAAAGCAUUUUUGUUCGUCUUUCCCCUCAUCUGAGCCUUUGCCAACUGUGCAACUCUUUUUUUUUAUCUUGCUUUUAUCUCAAUACAUGGUUUAAUUUUAAUUUUAAUUUUUUUUUUUUUUUGGGAACCAACCAUCUUGUCAGGAAAAGAUGAACCACAGAGGAAUAUGCUCAUUGUUUCAGGAAUACAAUUUUAUAGCUCUAUGUGCAUCUAUUUUUGUAGAAAUACAGAAAGUUUGAUUUAGCAUUGAUGGGCUAUUUUUGAGGGAUGUAUUUUUUUUAAUAUUGUAAAAAUUGUUAAGUUCUGUUUAAAGAACUUGCUCUCAGAGAAGCACUGGCAAAAAUGUUUAAAAUGCUUGUCUUUAAGAUGUCUGUGAUAUGCUCUGUGCUUUCUAGGUUACCUCAAGUGUUUGAUAGUUUCUCCCGUUUUACAAAGUAGCACCAUAGCCAAGCCACUAUAGUGUUGUAUUACAUCAACUCUCAGUGAAGGUUGAGUUCCGUGCUCGCUUACUCAGCUUUGGGAUAUAUGUAUGGCUUGAAAAGGAAAUUUUUUAAUGACCACACUAAAGAAAGAACAUUUGAUUACUUUGAUUUCUCCCAAUGAGUACUUGUAGGUUGAUUAAAAAUUUUGGCAUAAACUUGCAAUCAGAUGAAGAAUUUGUAUAGAGUAUGUAAUUCUCUUUCUAGACAAUCUGACUUUGAUAAAUAGAACUAGAGUUUAUACAAGAGUUUAUACCCAACUACUGGGGGAAAAAAUGCAUUUAACCAUGCUACCUUUGAGUGCCAGUGACUUAUUUUUCUUGUUCCUAAUUAUUCAUGCAUGGCAAUUUUUAAGGUCAUAUUUUACCUGGACUUUUUUUCCUGGAGAUAGUUUGAAGAGAUAAUAUUUGGGAAGGUACUAGACACAUUACAAAGCCUUUAAUUCAGUGGGUGUUUCUGAUAAUGUUACCAGCAUUACGAAUUGAAAACUAAUAUAGUGUAUAUGAAAUAUUUUAAACAUAGGUUUUUGCAAGUGGUUUUUGUUGUUGUUGUUGUUUGAUGUUUGUUUUUUGGUUUAAAUCUGGUUUUAGCUGAUUUAAUUCUUUAUAAGAAAAACACUUAGGGCAAAAUGAAAUUUCAAUUUGGAUUUAUACCACAAUUUCUGAAAUUGGGUUGAUAAAUUAACAGUUUGUUAUUUGAAAUUUAUUAUUGAAAACUCCAGAUUCCAGUUGACAUGGCCCUCAGAAUCCAAAUAAGGUGAAGUUGGAAUUAUCAUUAAGACCCUGCUAGAAAGAGGUUAUGAAAAUAGCAGUUAAUGAUAUAUUAAGGACUUUUAAAUCAAUGUCCAAUAUUUUUCUCAGCUCUUUUCAGAGAUGGAUCAUGUUAAAAAGUUAAUGUUAUAAAGAAGUUUUUGUUUGGUAAAAAAAAAAAA